AUGCUUGUGGUCCUGCUCACAGCAGCUUUGCUGGUCCUGAGCUCAGCUCAGAGACAAGAUGAAGAGAUCACCUACGAAGACUCAAAUUCUCAGCUCCUAGAGAUGGGAGAACAGAACCAAGGGUAUGUCCAUCAUCAUCCAAAACCACCUCCUGGAGGAAUGCCCCCGAGACCUCCCAGUUCUGAUGAAAAUGAUGAUGGUGAUGAAGAUGGCAGUGAGGAAGAUGUGAAUAGACCAGAGGGACCACCACAGCACCCUCCUCACCCAGGAAACCACCAUGGUCCUCCCCCACAGGGAGGCCCUCAGAGUCCCCCUAGGCCUGGAACCCAACAAGGCCCACCCCCUCCAGGCCCACCCCCACAGGGAGGCCCCCAGCAAAGACCCCCUCAGCCUGGAAAUCAACAAGGCCCACCCCCACAGGGAGGCCACCAGCAGAGACCCCCUCAGCCUGGAAACCAACAAGGACCACCACCACAGGGAGGUCCUCAGCAGAGAACCCCUCAGCCUGGAAACCAACAAGGCCCACCCCCACAGGGAGGCCCCCAGCAGAGACCCCCUCAGCCUGGAAACCAACAAGGCCCACCCCCACAGGGGAGGCCCACAGGGGACCCCCUAGGCCCUGGAAACCAACAAGGCCCACCCCCACAGGGAGGCCCACAGGGAGCCCCUAGGCCUGGAAACCAACAAGGCCCACCCCCACAGGGAGGCCCACAGGGACCCCCUAGGCCUGGAAACCUACAAGGCCCACCUCCACAGGGAGGUCCUCAGAGACCUCCUCAGCCUGGAAACCAACAAGGCCCACCCCCACAGGGAGGUCCUCAGGGACCCCCUAGGCCUGGAAACCAACAAGGCCCACCCCCACAGGGAGGCCCACAGGGACCCCCUAGGCCUGGAAACCAACAAGGCCCACCCCCACAGGGAGGCCCACAGGGACCCCCUAGGCCUGGAAACCAACAAGGCCCACCCCCACAGGGAGGCCCCCAGGGACCCCCAAGGCCUGGUAACCAACAAGGCCCACCUCCACAGGGAGGCCCCCAGCAGAGACCCCCUCAGCCUGGAAACCAACAAGGCCCACCCCAACAGGGAGGCCCUCAGGGACCUCCUAGGCCUGGAAACCAGCAAGGCCCACCCCCACAGGGAGGCCCUCAGAGACCUCCUCAGCCAGGAAACCAUCAAGGCCCACCCCAGCAUGGAAACAAUGAACAGCCAAAUUACCUGUGGUCACUUUUUGCAUAA